CCCCGUAUGCAACAUGUGCCCCGUGCACCACAACUCACAACUGCAUGUGAGCUUUUGAGGUACGGAUACGCGACGCGUCUUUGCUUUACAACGAUUCCACGACCAACAAUACCUGUGUAAAGCCCAUCUCCGCUUAAGAUACUUCAGCCUCAAUUACCGGGGUGAUUGACGACAACCUCGAGGCUUUAGUAUCGCUUCAUUGUUUUUACCCACCCGCGACGUUACCGUUGGGACAGUGCACUCGGGAUACAUCAAAAGCGCUGCCUUGUUUUCCUCGAGCACCAUGUUUUGACGGCCAUGGCACGCUUCUCAAUCCCGACUGCAGGACGCUUAUCGUCGACCGUUCGACUGCCGCCCAACAACUCUUCCGUUCUAAAAGCUCUAGGUCGCUUAUCACGAUCCUCUCUGCUGUCUCUGGUCCUCGAAUGGCUCAGUGACGAGAAUGUACCAUUAUGCGCGCCUAUACUAAACGAAGAGGAGGAAGAUGGUGACGGUCUCUACCCUCCGGCAUCUUCUCUGGAAGGCCUACGAACCAUCUAUGCGGAUCUACAGUUUAGGAAAGGGUCCAAACGAGAGGUCAUUGAUCGCAUCACCGACGGCGACUGGAAUCAUGGUCUGACCCUAUACCAAAUGGCGCUGGCAGAUGCCCAAUACCUUGAAGAUCACCCCACAUCGCAGAAAUGGAAUGCUUACCGCAUUAUGCCUCUCAAAGAGGCUUCAUACGUCGAUGAUGAAGAGCAGCCCCCAGAAGUCGAUACUGCGUCUCUGACUCUUCCUCGAUUUCACCCAUCCACGUUCAUCCAAAACCUUCAAUCUCAUGUUUUGCCCGACGUCAAAGCUCAUUUUCAUUUCCAUCGACCUCAGGGGCUUACACUAUCCGUCUUGCGUAUCUUCAUCGUCGAGUCUCCCUACAGCACGAGUAUGGCACAACUCGGAAAUGGUUCUGCGCAGUCAGACGCCGAUUUCGACAGCUCACGGACACUAUACAUCGCCUUUCCAGAUGCCUCGCCAUUCGUCUACUUGUCCAAAACGCAGACAGUCGGGUCUUUGGGAUCGAGCGAAGCCAAGAGCUUUCGCAACCUGGUCGUCGAGGGGAUACCGAAGGCGCUCUCUCGACCCCAAGAACGGUAUACACUCAAACCCACAAACAUUACGACCAAGAACCUCGAUGCGCUGUUGCAAUCCAGAGGCGUUGGCCGAACCAACGCCGCAGGCGGCGGUUGGGACAUUUAUGCCGACAAGAAGAAGAACGAGUCACCGCUUGACACCAUCUUACCGACGCCGCCUUUGUCAGAAGACUCAGCAGACGACACCUCGGCUUCGACGGCAAAGAGAGAUGUCAAACGAAAAGCCGGCGCCGUUGAUGCAGAUGAAAAGUUUUACAAGAGAGCUCGUCUAUGUGCCCAGGCCAGAUUCGGCGAGACCGGCAAGACUGACGAUGGGUUGGGCAUCGAACGAGUGGACAUUGUCAUGGAAGACCCUUUUCCUAGCAACAGCCUUCGAGCCGAAUCAGAUGCGGAACAGCGGGCCCCAUCAAAGUCAUCAACUUGGACUCCCAAUGUUAAACUGACAUUGCACGGGUCACAUGUAUUCGCGGGCAUACGGCAGCUUGUGGAGAACGGGAUCAUAGACGGAGAGCGGGUACCGGGCUGGAUGACUGGCGAAGAGGGAGUCACAGUAGGGGCCGUCCGGCAUGGCAGGAUCAGGGGCCAUAAGGGCUCUGGCAUAUGAACUCCCCUCCGACAGGAGAGCGUUGUAGGUCGCAGUCGUUGCGUUUCGCGUGUACCUUCAAUGAACUUGAUACCCCUAAUUGAUUUCUUCGAAAA